GACGGAAUCAUGCCGUUGAGAAGGUUAGAGCGCGAUUGGUGGCACACUCGAACUGGGAAGUUGGAUAGGAAGGAACUUGACUCUCUCUCUCUCUCUCUCUCUCUCUGACUAUUCCUUCAUUUCCAGGCUCAGAGGUUGCCAGUGCACCAGAGAAUCGACGGCGGUAUACCUCUGUUUCUCUGAACUCCAUAGUUGCUACGCCUCACCUUUUCUCUGCUCUUAACCCUCUCAAUUGCAACAAGGAAAUGUACAGGUCAGUGGCACAAAGGUUGCUUCUUGGUGAGUUGUGGGGUAGUAGUAAAGCAGCAUGUUUCCGAAUCACUCAUCUUCCUUCCAUUUCAAACUCUUCGCAAUUUUCCACCCAUUCAAAUUCCCAAUUUGUCUCUGAUCAAAGCCCUUACCCCCAUCAACAUCCGCAAGCACCCCUACAAAAAUCUACCUUUGAGUUCCAAUCAUCAUCGUCGUCGUCUUCGUUGUCGUCAUCAUCAUCAUCAUCAUCGACAGAUGAGGAUGCUUGCCGCCAUGAAAGCCAGAGAUCAGGGGUAGGAGGAGGAGGAGGAGAAAGAAGACCACCUAGAGUUGAUUACGAAGAUGAGCAAGCUCGUGUUCUUAAUGCCUCCCUUCGUCAUGUGAUGUGGUUGGGAUGGACUGAAGCAGCUAUGAUUGCAGGUGCGAGGGAGGUUGGUGUGUCUCCUUCUAUCGUUGGAUCUUUCCCUAGGAAAGAAGCUGCACUGGUAGAGUUUUUCAUGGAUGAGUGCUUACAAAGGCUUAUUGAUAGAAUUGACUCGGGAGAGGAGUUAAGGAGUUUGAUACCUAGUGAACGCAUUUCAAAGCUUGUCAGGAUUCGUUUGGAAAUGCAGGCCCCCUACAUAUCAAAGUGGCCCCAAGCUCUUAGCAUUCAAGCACAGCCAGUAAAUAUCCCCACUAGUUUUAAGCAGCGGGCAAUGCUGGUUGAUGAGAUCUGGCAUGCUGCAGGUGAUGAGGUGUCUGAUAUUGAUUGGUAUGUGAAGCGUACCAUCCUUGGAGGAAUAUACUCAACAACUGAGGUGUACAUGCUGACUGAUAGCUCCCCAGAUUUUCAUGAUACAUGGGUGUUUCUGGACAGCCGAGUUAAAGAUGCUUUUGAUCUGAAGAAGACCAUUCAAGAGGCGAAGUAUGUGGCAGAAGCCGUUGGUGCAGGAAUGGGGAGUUCAUUGCAAGGAUUUAUGAGGAAAGUCUUCCAGGGAUGAAGUAUAUGUUUACAUGUUUAGAGUCUUCUAAGAGAAGGAUCAGCUCCUGGCCAAUUUGUAGGCAGCCCUAAAUUUGGACUUACUGACCCUUUUAAUUUUUCUUUUCUUAUAUUACUCUAUAGAAGGCGUUUAAGAUUUGAACUGUAGCGAAUGUAUAUAUUGGUGGUUUCUCUAGUGUUGCCCAAACUGCCUUAAGAGAUGCACGCCAAUGGUUCUAUUCUAUUAACUUCCUAUUGAACUGAGCUCGGGUUUUUCACCUGAAACAAA